CAAAACCCUUUUUAAAUAUAUUUUAAUAUGAUUUCUCUCUCUCUCUCUCUCUCUCUUACAUACAUAUUACAUAGAGUAGAGAGUAGAGACACACACAUGAUAAAAAGUCUGAGAGACAGCUCUUCUCUUGCUUGUGUUCUCUCUCAGUUUGAAGAGAAACAAAACCUUCCAUUACAAUAAGAGAGUUCGUUGUCUGAGAAGAGAAACCAUGUCCCAACAACAACAUCUUCUUCUUCUUCUCAUUCUUGUCUCGCUACCACUCCUCAUCAUCAUUCCCAUUUCCGCCACUCCGGUUCUCCAAAAAUUCAAAGAAGCCCCUCAGUUUUACAAUUCCGCUGAUUGCCCCUCGAUCGACGACGAUGACGUGGCGUCCGCCAAACCGAUCUUCUGCUCCCGCCGAGCCGUCCACGUGGCCAUGACACUCGACGCCGCCUACAUUCGCGGAUCAGUCGCCGCCGUGCUCUCCGUCCUCCAACACUCCUCUUGCCCUGAAAACAUUGUCUUCCACUUCGUCGCCUCCGCUUCCGCCGACGCCUCUUCCUUACGCUCCACCAUCUCCUCCUCAUUCCCUUACCUCGAUUUCGCCGUCUACGUCUUCAACGUCUCCUCCGUCUCCCGCCUCAUCUCCUCCUCCAUCCGCUCCGCACUUGACUGUCCUUUGAACUACGCAAGAAGCUACCUCGCCGAUCUCCUCCCUCCCUGCGUCCGCCGCGUCGUCUACCUGGACUCCGAUCUAAUCCUCGUCGACGACAUCGCUAAACUCGCAGCCACGGAUCUCGGCCGCGAUUCAGUCCUCGCCGCGCCGGAGUACUGCAACGCCAAUUUCACUUCCUACUUCACAUCAACCUUCUGGUCGAAUCCGACUCUGUCCCUGACCUUCGCCGACCGUAAAGCCUGCUACUUCAACACCGGAGUGAUGGUGAUCGAUCUCUCGCGGUGGCGUGAGGGCGCGUACACGUCACGCAUCGAAGAGUGGAUGGCGAUGCAAAAGCGAAUGAGGAUUUACGAGCUCGGUUCGUUACCACCGUUUUUAUUGGUUUUUGGCGGUCUGAUUAAACCGGUAAAUCAUCGGUGGAACCAGCAUGGUUUAGGAGGUGAUAAUUUCAGGGGGCUGUGUAGAGAUCUGCAUCCUGGUCCGGUGAGUUUGUUGCAUUGGAGUGGCAAAGGUAAGCCAUGGGCUAGGCUCGACGCAGGCCGGCCUUGUCCGUUAGACGCGCUUUGGGCUCCUUACGAUCUACUUCAAACGCCCUUCGCUCUGGAUUCUUGACCACUCUCCCUUUACUCUUCUUCUUUUGUUUUCCUUUUUAAUAUACCGGUACAUAUACGUAUACAUAAUCAUAUAUAUAAAUAUAUACAGGG